AUGGCUGGCGACAAGGAGGCGGUCAUCAACGACCGCGAAGCGAUGGGGGAGAAGGCGGAGAUGAGCCACGAGGAAGUGGUGCAGCAUCUGGCCCAGCUGACCGACGAAGAGAAAGCCGUCGAGCGCAAGCUGCGUCGUCGCAUCGACUUCCUGAUCAUGCCGCUGGUCAUCCUGGUCUACCUGAUGAACUACAUCGACCGGAACAACUACGCCGCCGCCAAACUGCAGGGUCUCACGAAGGAUCUGCACCUGAACGAUACCGAGUACCAGACCGGCCUGUCGGUCCUCUUCGUCGCCUACAUCCUCAUGCAGGUUCCGUCCAACCUGCUGCUCAACUACAUGGGCAAGCCGUCUCUGUAUCUGGGCUUCUUCGUGACCGCCUGGGGUCUGGUCUCCGCGCUGACCAGCCAGGUCAAGGGCUACGGCGGAAUUGUCGCCUGCCGUUUUAUCCUGGGUCUCGUCGAAGCCCCCUUCUUCGCCGGGGUGCUCUUCUACCUCUCCAAGUGGUACACUAAGAAGGAGCUGGCUCUCCGCAUGAGUAUCUUCUACGCCGGCUCCCUGCUCAGCGGAGCCUUUGGCAACCUCAUCGCCGCUGGUAUCCUUUCCGGCCUUUCCGGCAAAAGGGGAAUCGCUGCCUGGCAGUGGUUGUAUAUCAUCGAGGGCACCAUCACCUGCUUCGUUGGCCUCGUCAUCAUGGUGAUCCUUCCCGACUUCCCGGAAACCUGGCGCUUGCUGUCGCCCGAGAUGAGGGCCGUCGCCAAGCGCCGCCUGGCCAUCGAGGCGGCCGAAGCCGACAUUGACGAAGCGGGAGGGAUGAGCCAGCUGCGGGGCAUGAAGCUGGCCUUCUCCGACAAGCGCACGUACGUGCUGGCCAUCGCCUACAUGGCCAUCACCGGAGCCGCCGGUUUCCAGAACUUCUUCCCGACGCUGACCGCGACGCUGGGCUACAACCACGUCAUCUCGCUGCUGCUGGUGGCCCCGCCGUACGUCUUCAUGGUGUUCUACAGCAUGGCCCAUAACUAUCUCUCGGACCACUUCCAGAACCGGUUCUGGUUCUGGAUGUACCCGAUUCCCAUCACCAUCAUUGGCUUCAUCGUCUUCAUGACCACCUCGACCUUCGGUCCGCGGUACUUCUCGCUCUUCCUCAUGAACUUUGUCUUCGCCAUGAACGGCACCCUGUACGGCUGGAUCGCCUCGUCGAUUCCACGGCCCCCGGCAAAGCGGGCGGCGGCCUAUGCCUUCAUCAAUUCGGUGGGCAACUCGGCCAGUAUCUGGACGCCCUACACCUACCGCUCCCAGGACCAGCCCUACUACCGGCCGGCCCUGGGCGUGUGCACGGCGCUGCAGAUCAUCGCCCUGAUCACGGGCCUGAUCAUUUAUGAAGUGAGAGACGCAGCUUAUGACAUCAGACGAAUGAAUGGAUUUCUCUUCAGAGCAUGCGGGAAGUUGGUCCAUCCGUAUCUGAUUAACAAAUCCAGAUGUAGUAUCUGGUCUUGCAUUUAUGCCCUUCUUGCAGGUCUUUCUGUUGAAGGACAAUUGAUUUGCUGGUCCUCUGCUAUUGGCGGAUGCACCGUGUCACUCGCUGCUCAGCCUCGUUCGACCGCUUCUCAAAUACUCGCUGUCCCCCAUGGCGACCUCCGCCAGGAAAUCCAUCACACUCUUUACGGGGCAUUGCAACGCCGUAAUGCAGUUUCAACAGCAAUGGCGUUGGCUUUGGCGAGGGCCUCGAGACUGAAGCCCGAAAUCCGUCUGGCCCAAGCCGUCUCCGAAUUUGAAGCCAGCCUGACCGACGAGGAGAAAGCAGCCUUCCGGACGUAUCGAUCUCAAACGCGAGAUUCGCCCCCAAACGUUAACGAUGUCAUGCGACUGACUGCAGAGGUCGACCGCCGUGCGAGUCGCAAGACCAGCCGCUGCUUUGGCCCCCGGCUGACCAACUUGCUGCAGGCCGUCCAGCAGUUUGCUGCUCUGGGCGACAUCGUCGUCGGAGGCUCCCAGAACUUGAUCGCGUGCGGCGUCUGGUCCUUGGUGCGGAUGACGUUGCUGGCAGUUUCUCAGUCGGUGUCCGUUCUGGAAAGGUUGUCGCAGCUGUUCAUGGCUGUCGGACGGUCUGCUCCACGCUAUCAGGCCAUGGCGCUGCUGUAUGCCCGCUCCAAGCAGUUGCAGGCAGAUCUGUGCGAAUACUUCAUCGUUGUCGUCCGUCUGUGCCAUCGGAUGGUGGGCUUUACCCGCAAGUCCAUCCUGGCACAGAUUACCUCCUCCACGCUCAGUGAUUCAGACCUGGCUUCGUUCCAGUCUCAGCUCGAGAGGUGGGCAAGUUCGAUCAAGGAGCAGGUCAGUCUGUUAACCAGCCAGAAGAUCGAAGAGGAGGCCAAAAGAAGCUCCUCUUUCCGAGCUCUCAUGACCAGAAAUGCAGCUUCGACGACCUAUCGCCAGAAGCUGGAAGCCCUACUCCGCUGGCUGGAUGCGUGCUCGACCUACGACUACGAGACUCCCUGGAAACAGGCCCGCAAGGCCGGGACGGCAACCUGGUUUUCGGAGCGUGCUGAGUAUCAGGAAUGGAAGGCACACGCGUCGUCUUGUUCGUUGUUCCUGUUCGGGGAAACUGGGUUCGGGAAAGACCACGCUUCUUGCCAACAUGGUCGACGAUCUGAACUUCUUCUCCGUCAGUCAACCAACCUCGAUGAGCUGGAGGCCGUUGUGCAUGGGCGUUUCUCCGUCGCGGAUCCGAAUCAAUACUUGGAGUUGCUGGAAACUGUCCUCCCUACGGACAAAGCGUAUUAUUUGAUUGUUGACGGUCUAGAUGGAUGUGAGAGUCAUGAACGACACAACGUGGUCCACCAACUGCAACGACUACAAAGCAAAUUCCUCCUGCGCAUCUGCCUCUCAUUCCGACCGGAAAUUGACCAAGCAUCUCAGAUCAAUCCAGAUGAUCUUAAGGCGAGAUGGAUCCUGUCAAUGCCGGAGAGUAAUCCUGAUAUUGAACGGUUCAUCAAUACGGAACUGGAGGCUCGCAUUGAAUCGGGAAAGCUGUCCAUUGGAAAUCCGGCCAUCAUCCUCGAGAUCCGUGACGCUCUUCUUGCCGGCGCCCAAGGCAUGUUUCUCUGGGUUGUCCUUCAGAUAGACAGCAUUUGCGCAGAGAGAACAGACGAGGCUAUCCGUGACGCCUUAAAUGAUCUCCCCUUGGACUUGUCUGAAACUUUCCGGCGUAUUCUGCAAAAAGCAGGUGGUCCGGAUUCCCGCUACCAGCGACGGAUCCUGGAGCUACUGGUGGCAGCCUUUCGUCCAUUGACGGUCGAGCAGCUUCGGGAAGCAUUGAGCGUCGUGCCGGGCGACGCGGUUUGGAACCCGGCCCGACUCAUCAACAAUGUAUACGCGACCCUGGCCUGCUGUGGCAGCUUGAUUGUAGUCGAUGAGGAAGAACUCACGGUCCGUUUUGCACAUCACAGCAUCCGGCAAUUUUUGGUUGGUCAUAUUGGAGGAAAAGUGCCUGAGUAUCAGUUCACUGUCGAACAAGCAGACCGCCAGAUGGGCCGAAUCAUCGUGACAUAUCUGAACUAUGGCGUAUCCAACACACAAAUAUUUCGUGCGGUCCCAAAAGUAACAGCACAGGAAGUACCAUCCAAGAUCCUGGACUCUAAGCCGCGGAGCGAUUGUGGCAGAAAUCACGGGAGGACUUUCACUUUCAUACUUACGCUCGGGAACUUUUUUUUGCAUCAUACCGCUUACGUCGCGGAGGAGUCACGGAACGUUUGGGACCUAUGGUGUCAAGUGUUUCAGCACUCGAUUAAGCCAUCACACCAGGAGUUAAACGCUUUCAGACUUUCGCAGAUGAAGUUCUAUAUCGCGACUUUGGCACGGAGACGUCUCCGGCAGUAUGUCGCGGGGAUCAAGCUGGUUCAAUUCAUCCGAACUCGGAUCCUGCCUGCCAAGCCGGGCAGGGAGCAGCGAGCCAAGGGUGCUAUGCUCCGUGCAGUCGUGUUGAUACAUACAUGGGAAAUGACGAUGGCCCGACAGUGGGAGCUGAUCACUCGCGAGUGGGACCUGGCCGAGCAGGUGAGUAAGCAGCUUGCUCAUCCCAAAUUGCCCGAGGGAUUUUUGGAGAAGUUUCUCCUGUCAACAGAGCAUCGCGAUGACGAAAUCGUGGUGAUUGCAAUGUGUAUGCGAUCCGUCCGAUUAUCACCCACUGAGGGAUUGUUGGCCAGCGAAAGGAAGUUUCUCAGCGGAAGAUUGUUGGAACAUGGCAUAAUGAUUCUCAUGGAAUACCUGCACAAAUUAACAUGGCGCCUCCAAUCAUGGGUCCAUGACGAGGAGAAUGCCUUUCUCUUCGUGCCAGCCUUGGGCAAGAUGAAAGAGCGACCCCGGGUGCCCGAUACAGUGCCGCCCGGGCCUACGUUAGAGACGGCGAAGCUGCUGCAGACGAAACUGCAGGAAACGUGGACUGCCGCCACCGAGAAGCUUGGUUUGCCUCGACAAAUAGACAAUAAAAGGACUUUGGCCAUAAAGGACAAGAUGAUAAUGUCGGGAAUAAUAUCAGCACAGAAGACAAAGGAAAAGAAAAGGGUCGACCCAUGGCGGAUUGAUCACAAAGCCUAUCUGCUGCCGACAUCAGGUUCUGUGCAAGGAUUUGUUCCUAGAACUACCCCCUAUUUUACCCCUGAAUCUGACUUUCUAUCAGCCAAUAUAUAG